GUCCGAUGUGUCGUGACUCGUAAGCGCGAAGCCGGAGCGGACAGACUCGGAGCUUUUUUCUCUGCCGUGCAGCUCUAGAGUGUUAGGGAGAAAGAAAGAGAGAGAGAAAAAAAAGAAAAGAAAUCGCAGUCGGAGUUUAAAUUCGGGAUGCAGAAAUGCUUUUUACUCUCUCAGAGGAAUAAAACCGGAUUCCCGCUGUGAGGCACGAGCCGAAAAUAAAGUGACGGUUGAAGCGCAGUGAAGGCGAUGAGAGACGGAGCUCGGAGUUGAUGAAUCGGUUCCGGAGUCGUUUGGUGACUCCUCAGAAGGAUGGCCAAUGCUAGAGCGUGAGCGUCUUGAGUGUCAGACAUGGGGUCAGAGAUUCUUGAGGUCAGCGGCAUGAAUCAAAGGCCUCGCUGCCAACAUGGAUCAUUAUAGCUGACGAAUGCUGACGAUGAAGCAUGUAACACCAAGAGGUUUGGGACAGUGGCAUUGAGGGAGACUGAACUGUACCGAUCCUCCUCGUGCCACUGCGGUUCAGCAUGUUGCGCCUGCUUUCGCUGAAGCUCGCCCGCGUCUACCGGUGCGGCAAGUUCCUUUUCAUCGCGGCUCUGUUCGUCGUCUUGCUCAUGAACACCCACAACUUGCUGGCCUCUUUCCAGAGGAAUGAGCUCACCGACCGCCGCUUCAUCAGCCUCAACAAGUGUCCGGCCUGCUUCGGGACCAGCUGGUGUCGCAAGUUCACGAACGGCCAGGUGACCUUCGAGACUUGGGGGAGACUGCGCUUUCUGGACUUCUUUAACGUGAAAAACGUUUACUUUGCUCAGUAUGGUGAGCCCCGGGAAGGCACACGGAGGGUGGUGCUCAAACGCCUGGGCUCCAACGCAGAACUCGCAGAGAUCGAUCAGAAGAUAUGCAAGAGGGCCACGGGAAGACCUCGCUGCGACCUUGUCCAAGCCAUGUACAAAACGGAGUUUGCGAGACUCAACGGGGACGUGAGGUUGCUGACGCCCGAGGUGGUGGAAGGCUGGUCGGAUAUGGUGCACUGCCCCUCCCAGAGACUCCUAGAUCGGGUUGUCAGGAGGUACGCCGAGACCAAAGACUCUGGAAGCUUCCUCUUGAAGAAUCUAAAGGAUACUGAGAGGAUGCAGCUACUGAUGACGCUGGCGUUCAACCCGGAGCCUUUGGUGCUCCAGAGCUUCCCCUCAGACGAGGGCUGGCCUUUCGCCAAGUACCUGGGCGCGUGCGGCCGCAUGGUGGCCGUAAACUACGUGGGCGAGGAGCUGUGGAGCUUCUACAACGCCGCCUGGGAGAAGCGCGUGGAUUUGGCCAAGCAGCUGAUGGACAUCGCCGAGCAGCUCACCAACAACGACUUCGACUUCGCUCUGUACCUGCUGGACGUCAGCUUUGACAACUUCGCCGUCGGGCCGCGCGACGGAAAAGUCAUCGUCGUGGAUGCCGAGAACGUCAUCGUGGCCGACAAGAGGCUGAUUAGGCAGAACAAGCCGGAGAACUACGACGCGUGGUACGAGAGUCGCUACGAAGAAUGCGACAAAGAAGCCUGCCUCUCGUUCUCCAAGGACAUCCUGUGCUCCCGCGUCACUGUCGACCACAACUACUACGCCAUCUGCCAGAACCUAUUGUCUCGCUUCGCCACGUGGCGCGGCUCCACCGGCGGCCUCCUCCACGACCCGCCCCCUGAUGUGGCCCAAGACGGUCAGCUCGCGGCACUGCUGGACGAAUGCGCCCGGCCUCAGAAGCGCUUCGGACGCUUUCAGGCAGCCAAGGAACUGCGCGAGUACCUGACACAGCUGACGGAACAAGCUAGUGCUAAGAGGUAGUACAUGGCGAGAGGCGGACUUCCUCCGCCCCCAGGACACCACGGAUACAAAAUCAGCCUCGUUAAAGUGAAGCGGUGGAGCUCUGAGACGUUUCUUUUUUUUUUUUUUUUUGAGCUGCUGCCUGCUGAAAGUUGUAGCUUUGACAGAUGCUAAUUAAAGGAGUUUUGCACAUGGGCCUGGCUGAGAGCACUGGCUGAAGAGCUGCAGUGGUGUGUGUGUGUGUUUGUGUGUGUUGGGUUGAUUCUAAUACAGGAGCCUUGUUAGCGGUAAUGGGGGUGCGUGAGGCCUACUUGCUCCGUCUGGCCUCUGAUCACAAUCCUCUUAACAAGGUUUAUGUUUAAUUUAUCGAGGCUCAUGCAGAGGAAUGACCCCGAAGCAGAGGCCCAGGUUGACGAGACAAAAGCCUUGUUUUGUUUUUAGUGUUUAUCAAGCGACGUCUUGUUUGUUUGUGGGUUUUUUUGUUUUGUUUUGUUUUUUUUUCAUUUCUGUGGGAAAAUGGUUUACUUUUUACCCAUCCUCAUUAGGACACAUUAUUAGGGCCCUAUGAGUGCUGCGGGAUGACGAAACCGAGACACUGUUCACAGAUGUUCCAUGAUUCCGUGCAAAAUUCAAUUGAAACAAUAUUCCUGAACGUAUUAACUAUUGCCCGUGGAACUGCGAUGUAUAGGAAAUCACAUAACAUGCUAACGAGGCUGGGAAUAAUGAUUAGCACCAGGAAAGAUUUGAGAAAAAAUCGGGCCGUGAUGAGAAACGUUCACUACAUCGUGCAAAAGAAGCAAGAAAUACAUCUGCUAAGUGUUCCAAUCUAGCAUUUGAUUGGCUUAGUUAGCAUCAAUGAAUAAUUUAUAGUAGCUGUAACCUACGCUAGCCAGAAGCAAAGUGGAUCUCAUAGGACCUUACCUUUAGGAAAUCUUUGCGAUGUAUGCAAAAGAAGAUACCAAAGAAAUUUCUUUCUAAUUCUAUUUGUUACAUUUUUUUUCAGUUCCAAGUCGCUCACACAGACGCAGACUCGUACUUUUCGUCAACAUCGAGUAACACUUGCACUACAAUGCGAGCGCUGUGUUUACACAGAGGUGACUUGCACUACAUGUCCGACCGUCGAUUCAGAAUCUUUUCAACGUGGCGUCAUUUUUCCUGAUCUGAUCUGUUGAUUCAACUGUAUGUGAUUUUCCUUAUUUUUUUUUUCUUCCUGUUCCUUGCCUCGUUUUCGAAUCCUUUCCUCUGUGCCCUUCAAGGCUACUCAGUCAAUGUGGUCUUACUGUGCCUUCAGUCUUUACAACUCGAUAAAAACAUUAAAGUUUAUCCAAAACCAUU